CAGAUACUGUACAGAGAAACAAGCCUGAUCUCAUCUGAUACAUACAGAUGCUCAUCACACUGGUCAUCUCAACGCCUCUUCUGUAAUAAGGAUGGACCAUGAGUCGCAUGGCAGCAGGAAAAGUGGUCACCGCAGCAGACACAAUGAGGAUGAGGAUGAGUCCGUCUACGUUGACGUCCCAGUGCCACGGAGCUACAGAAGGAAGCGCAGGCAUCACAGGCACACGUCACGGCAUUCCCACGAGCGUGACGGCAGGGAGAAACACCACAGCAAUCACGAACACCAGGAUCGAGAGGAACCAUGUGAUGCAAAUGAAGGGGAGCAGGAUUCAAACGAGCUCUCUGACAUCAACUUCACCAUGUCCCCUGCUGCUGAGAGACUACGCCACAUCCUCAGGGAUGAAGAUGAGCCCACACCCACCCUCUUCACUGAGAUGGACACACUGCAGCAUGAAGGCGGAGAGAUGGAGUGGAAAGAGUCGGCCAGGUGGGUUAAGUUUGAGGAGAAGGUGGAGGAGGGUGGAGAGAGGUGGAGCAAACCGCAUGUGUCCACGCUGUCUCUGCACAGCCUGUUCGAGCUGCGCACCUGCCUGCAGACGGGCUGUAUCCUGCUGGACCUGGAGGGAUACUCUCUGCCACAGAUAGUGGAUGACAUCAUUGAGAAGCAGGUGCAGGAGGGUCUUAUAGCUCCAGAGAUCCGUGAGAAGGUCAGUUUCGUCCUCUUGCGGAAGCACCGUCACCAGACCAAGAAGCCGAUCCACCGCUCCCUGGCUGACCUCGGAAAAUCCAGCCCCUCGAACCGCAGUCCGAGCCCGAUCCCGAGUCCUCGCUCUGGGUCGGGUUUCCAUCGCUCCACUGAGGACCUGCGAGCUCGUCAGAGCGGCGGCCUAAGCAAACUGCAUCCUUCUCAGUGCCGCAGCAUGAAUGAUAUUUCCGUCACACCCAGCACCGACCAGCUGAAGAAUAAAUUUAUGAAGAAGAUCCCCAGAGAUGCUGAGGCGUCUAACGUGCUGAUUGGAGAAGUGGAUUUUUUAGACAAGCCGUUGGUGGCCUUCGUACGUCUGGCUCAAGCCGCAACGCUAGGAGGCCUUACUGAAGUCCCUGUGCCAACCAGGUUCCUCUUCGUGCUGCUCGGUCCCAAUGGCAAAGCCAAAUCCUACAAUGAGAUCGGUCGGGCCAUGGCCACACUCAUGGUUGACGAUCUCUUCAGUGACGUGGCCUAUAAAGCCAGAGAUCGUGAGGACUUGAUUGCUGGGAUUGAUGAGUUUUUGGAUGAGGUGAUAGUUCUUCCUCCUGGAGAAUGGGACCCCAAGAUCCGCAUCGAACCCCCAAAGAAACUGCCUUCAGCAGAUAUGAGGAAGUCAGUUUUCUCUCUAAAUGAGCUGGGGCAGCCGAAUGGGAACGCAGGAGGAGGCGCAGCGUCUGCAGAAGACGAGGAAAUGCCGGCGCCGCAUGAGCUUGGAGAGGAGCUGAAAUUCACUGGCCGAUUUUGCGGAGGACUGUGGCUGGACAUCAAGCGUAAAGUGCCCUGGUGUUUCAGUGACUUCUACGACGGCUUCCACAUCCAGUCGAUCUCUGCAGUGCUCUUCAUUUACCUGGGCUGCAUCACCAAUGCCAUCACCUUUGGAGGACUGCUGGGGGACGCCACGGACAACUACCAAGGUGUGAUGGAAAGCUUUUUGGGCACGGCUUUGGCCGGCGCGGUCUUCUGUUUUUUCGGCGGUCAACCGCUCAUCAUCCUCAGCUCUACGGGACCGAUACUGAUCUUUGAAAAGCUGCUUUUUGAAUUCAGCAUAAACAAUGACAUUGACUACAUGGAGAUCCGGCUCUGGAUCGGCUUGCACUCCUGCCUCCAGUGUCUGAUCCUGGUGGCCACAGACGCCAGCUACAUCAUCAAAUACAUGACACGCUUCACCGAGGAGGGCUUCUCCAGCCUCAUCUCCUUCAUCUUCAUCUCUGAUGCCCUUAAGAAAAUGAUGGGCACCUUCAAUUAUUACCCUAUCAAUCGAGACUUCAAGCCAGAUUACAUCACCAGCUACAAGUGUGAGUGCCAGGCUCCUGAUCAAGUGGCUUUCAACACUUCCUCUCCAUUAGGCCUUGAAAACAUCUCUGAUUACUCUAUGUUCAACUUCACGGCUCUGGACUGGAGUCAAAUGACUAAGAAAGAGUGCUUGAGAUUUGGCGGUUCCCUGGUGGGCAAAUCCUGCAAAUACGUCCCAGAUCUGGCCAUGCUGUCUUUCAUCCUGUUCUUCGGCACUUACUCCAUGACCAUCUCGCUCAAAAAGUUCAAGUCCAGCCGUUACUUCCCCACCAAGUGUCGCGCCUUGAUAGCAGAUUUUUCCAUAAUUAUAUCCAUCCUGGUCUUCUGUGCUCUGGAUUAUGUGCUGUCCUUGGAGACUCCCAAACUGCAUGUACCCACCCAGAUAAAGCUUCGGAAACUCAUCAGUGAUUUUGCAAUCUUCACGUCAAUCAUGACAUUUGUUGGUCUUGAUAUGUUAAUGGGGCUUAAAACACCUAAACUGAUUGUGCCAACCGAAUUUAAGCCCACACGGCCGGAUCGCGGCUGGAUCGUCAUGCCUUUAGGGAAGAACCCGUGGUGGAUGUGCAUGGCCAGUUUUGUACCUGCUCUGCUGGUCACCAUCCUCAUCUUCAUGGAUCAGCAGAUCACAGCCGUCAUCGUCAACCGAAAAGAGAACAAACUAAAGAAAGGUUGUGGUUAUCACCUGGACCUGUUCUGGGUGGGCAUCCUCAUGGCCGUUUGCUCCUUCAUGGGUUUGCCCUGGUACGUAGCGGCCACGGUCAUUUCCAUCGCCCACAUCGACUCUCUGAGGAUGGAAAGUGAGUCCAGUGCUCCUGGUGAGCAGCCACAGUUCCUUGGUGUGAGGGAGCAGAGAUUCACAGGCAUAUUGGUGUUUGUCCUCACUGGAGUGUCUGUCUUCCUUGCACCAGUUCUACAGUACAUCCCUAUGCCUGUGUUGUAUGGUGUGUUCCUGUACAUGGGUGUCGCUUCUCUCCAUGGCAUUCAGUUUUGGGACAGGAUGAAGCUGUACCUCAUGCCAGCCAAGCACCAGCCGGAUUUCGCGUUCCUGCGGCACGUUCCCCUGCGGCGCGUGCAUCUCUUCACCCUGGUGCAGAUCAUCUGCCUGGCCGUCCUCUGGAUCCUCAAGUCCACUGUGGCCGCCAUCAUCUUCCCUGUCAUGAUUCUGGGCCUGAUGGUCGUGAGGAAGAUGUUGGACCUGGUCUUCUCUCAGCAUGACCUGGCCUGGCUCGACGACAUCCUGCCUGACAAGGACAAGAAGAAGAAGGAGGAUGAGAAGAAAAAGAAAGAGAAGAAAAAAGCCAAAGCGGAUGAACACAACAACAGCGAUGAAGAGUGUUGCUGAAAAGGCACUGUAAAACACUUAUUACCAUUUAAGUCCCUGCUAAAUCUUCCCUCUUGUGCAGCACAAGCAGAGUCCACUUAGCAUAGCCAGAGUUGUGCUCUUGUCUCUUGGUCCUUUAUUACAGCCUGCCUUUAUUGUGUAGUUGGUGGUCAUUCGUACAGUGCGGAAUGAUUAUUUUGCAUGAAAUAUUUGUUCAUUCAGGGUCCAGAAUUAACACUUGGCCUUGGUGAGUAAAUUAAACUCUUACUGGCCAACUUUGGUAGGAACUGCAACAAAGUGCAUGAUUUAAAUUUCAAUAUCGCUAAACGUUCAUCUAAUGUAAGCACAUUGAAUCAAAGAGUUUAUUAUAGGAAAGCUGGCAGCACAACACAGCUUCAAGUUCAUUUUGGACCCUGGGUACGUACACUUAUAAAAUAUACACUACCGUUCAAAAGUUUGGGGUUGUUAAGAUUUUUUUAUGUUUUUGAAUGAAGCCUUCUGCUCACCAAAGCUGCAUUUAUUUGUUAAAAAUGUAUCACAAUUUUAGUACAAUAUUAUUAUAAUUGAAAAGAACUAAUUUAAUAUAUUUUAAAAUG